GCUGAUCUCAACGGUCGAAUCCCUUUGAAAUUUGAACUGUUUACGGACCAAAAGAAGAAGGGAAACAAGCCCGAGAAGAAAAUAGGAACCUUCUCAUUCGCCAUCUCUUGCCUAAUCCGAGUUACGGAGAGAUAGAAGUCACCCUUGCCCGAUUCCGUUUUCCCGAUUGUGGAUCAAGGCGCAGAAGAAGGAAAGGUAGAAGAAGAUUCCGGCGAUGGAGGACGCGUUCGACUCGAUGAUCUUGGUGUCCGGUCCAAGUUUUGUUCGAUCAGGGCUCAAGGAGCAAGCUUUUGGAGACGAUGUUGUGAUGUUUGUUAAUUCUGGAGGCUGCGAGAUUCAGGGAAAAGAUUGUCGUAUUAAAUUCCAAGGCGAUGCUCAUUUCCUAGGUGGAGACGUAAUUGAAACCAAUGAAAUCAUAGCUGAAAGUGGUGACCACCCGUUAAUGUAUCAAUCGGCACGAUAUGGUGACUUUCGCUAUAUGUUUGAUAAUCUUGUUCCUGGAGACUAUUUCUUGGACCUGCACUUUGCAGAGAUAGUCAAUACAAAUGGUCCUAAAGGAAUUAGAGUUUUUGACAUAUUUGUCCAAGAAGAGAAGAUAUUAUCUUCAUUUGACAUAUAUGCUAUCGUUGGAGCUAAUAAGCCUCUCCAGCUAGUUGAUAUCAGAGUCUCUGUGCUGCACAACCAGGGUGUUUUAAUAAGAUUUGAGGGACUCCGUGGAUCUCCAACAGUUUCCGGAAUUUGCAUCAGAAAGGCUCCAGUCUCAACAGCAGCCAUGAUAAACCCAGAACUUCAUUUAUGCACCAAAUGCGCCACUGAGAUAGAGGCGUCUCCUAUUCAGAAAAAAUUACAGAGCAGAAAUGUCGUCCAGUAUGAGAAGAAAAUACAGGAGCUAACCCAUGAAUGUAAAAUGAAGUCUGAUGAAUGUUAUGAAGCUUGGAUGUCACUAACAGAUGCAAAUCAGAAGCUACAGAAUGUUACAAUGGAGCUUGAUAACAUGAUCUUCCAAAAUGAAACACUUGAACGAGCCGUUGGAAGGGAGAUGGAAAAAUUCAAAGACGUUUCAGAUAAAUACAAGAAGGAUAAGAAGUUAUGGUCUUCUACAAUCAAUAAUUUGGAAAAGAAGAUUAAGGCAAUAAAAGAAGAUCAUAUGCAACUUUCACAAGAAGCACAUGAUUGUGCUAACUCAAUCCCGAAUCUAAAUAGCAUGAUCACUGCAAUUCAAGCCUUAGUUGCACAAAGUGAAGAUCUCAAGGUAAAGUAUAACGAGGAGAUGGGUAAGAGAAAAAGAUUGUUUAACCAACUCCAGGAGACAAAAGGGAAUAUUAGGGUAUUUUGUAGGUGUCGCCCUUUGAGUAAGGAGGAGAUUUCAUCUGGCUGCCAUGCCAUUAUAGAUUUUGACUCAGCCAAGGAUGGUGAAAUUGGAACCGUGGCAGGUGGAACAACAAAAAAAAGCUUUAAGUUUGAUCGAGUUUAUACGCCAAAGGAUAAUCAAGCUGAUGUUUAUGCGGAUGCUUCACCUUUUGUCACAUCAGUCCUAGAUGGCUACAAUGUCUGCAUAUUUGCAUAUGGACAGACUGGUACAGGGAAGACAUUCACCAUGGAAGGAACUGAAAAUAAUAGGGGAGUGAAUUAUAGAACUUUGGAAGAGCUGUUUAAAAUAGCAGUUGAGAGGAAGGACACAAUUUCCUAUAGCAUAUCUGUGAGUGUUCUGGAGGUGUACAAUGAGCAAAUCAGAGACUUAUUAGCAACCUCUCCGUCAAACAAGAAGUUGGAAGUUAGGCAAGCAGCCGAAGGAUUUCAUCACGUGCCAGGGAUGGUAGAAGCUAAAGUUGAGAAUAUGAAAGAAGCUUGGAAUGUGCUGCAGUCUGGGAGCAAUGCUAGAGCUGUUGGUUCUAACAAUGUAAAUGAGCAUAGCAGUAGAUCUCAUUGCAUGCUUUGCAUAAUGGUGAGAGCAAAAAAUUUGAUGAAUGGAGAGUGCACAAAGAGCAAGCUUUGGCUUGUGGAUUUGGCUGGAAGUGAGAGGCUAACUAGGACAGAUGUUCAAGGGGAAAGACUCAAGGAAGCUCAAAACAUUAAUAGAUCACUCUCUGCCCUUGGAGACGUCAUUUCUGCUCUUGCAUCCAAAAGCAACCACAUUCCUUACAGGAACUCCAAGCUUACACAUUUACUGCAAGAUUCAUUAGGAGGUGAUUCAAAAGCUUUGAUGUUUGUACAAAUUAGUCCAUCAGACAACGACAUGGGUGAAACUGUCAGUUCACUGACCUUUGCAAGUCGAGUACGGGGAGUCGAGUUGGGUCUUGCUAAGAGACAAGUUGACACGGUGGAACAGCAAAAAAUGAAACAGAUGCUUGAUAAAGUGAGACAGGAAUCUAGAACCAAGGAUGAGUCUUUAAGGAAGUUUGAGGAGAACUGCCAACACCUUGAGAAUAAACUGAAAGAGAAAGAACAACAAUGUAGGAUGCUACAAGAGAAGAAUAAAGAUGUUGCUAGCCAACUCAAUUCAAAUGCAGAAAUACAAAGUCAACUGGAUAGAAAACAGUGCCAGCUCAUGGAAAAGUUGAAUGGGAAGGAAGAAGAAUCUAUGAUGCUUCGGCAAAAAAUCAAAGAUAUGGAACAAAGAUUGAAAGAGCGACAACAGAUAGAAUCAGUGAGUCUUCACGAAAAGGUUGAAGAGCUUGAACUCAAACUUAAUGUUCAAUCACACUCUGAAAAUGCAGCUAAGGAGAAGGUCAAGGAACUAGAGUGCCAGCUUAAAGAAAGUAUGCAAUUUCAGUUGACUCUUGAACAAAAAGUUAAAGAGCUCGAAAGUAAGCUUAGAGAACAUAAAGAAUCAGACUCCAUUUUAAUCUUACAUUCAGCUGAUAGAUCAAGAAUUGGAACACCGGCAGAAGCAAAAGGAUCCUCAAGCGAUGAAUCAACAAGUGACACUGACCCUGGCAUUCUGAGAAGUUCAACUUCUAUAAACAGGUUAAUGACAGGCCGAGUUUCAAUUCUCCAUAGAGGUAUAUCUCCUUCUGGAAUCAAGAGGAAAGGAGAGCGUGAGCAUCGAAUUAGUGUAUUGGCUGAUGACACUGAGAAUCACAGUGCGUUUUCUACAAACUCAGUAGACAAUAAGACAGAACCAAUGGAAAUCAAUAGAAGCAGGAAACUAGAUCAAGCAAAAACAUAUGGAAGGAUUACAAGGACUGCAAAAGUUGUUGCAACGCAUAAGCUAUUUCCUCAUAGCAGAAUCAAAAAGGACCAGCAAACUGGAAUAGGAGUUAAGGAGAAAAACAAGGUAAGAGGAUGGGCCAGGUAGUUUGUAAUCCUGAACGGCAAUCAAACAUCUGAAUUGACUUAUUACCACAUCCAUAGCUAACCUAUUCUAUCGUAGAAUCAUUGUGUGUGUUUUUAGUAGAUUUUUAGUGAUUUGUUGUGAGUUUUAAGAUAUACUCAAGUAAAUCAUAUUGGUACUUUUUGGUUAAUGAAAGUGCCGAACAUGUAUGUCUUGUUUUCCCAUUAUGGCCAAGUUUUUCAA